GUCCAGUCCAGAGAGAGAGCCCACCUCUAGACUAGAACCAACGGGAAAAAGCGAAAAUCGAUGAUUUUGCUCGCGUCGAUUCACGGCUACGGACGGACGGAUUACAACAGCGCGACGUCGACGACGGUGUCUGGAAGAUAGUUUUAUUUUCGGGUUCAAUCCGUCGUUUGAUACUCGUUUCCGGUGAAUUGGUUAUCACCUGUCGCGAGUGAGUGUCAAGUGAUAGUGUGAUUGUCGAAAUCGGUGUGAAAAAUUGGAAUUUGUAACGCUCUGCGAAGCAGCAAAGGUGGUGCUCAAGAGCCUGCUGCGAUUUGCUGGUGAGCUGCGAAGAAGACGGAGCCCCACGGAAGCAGGGAUGCCAGAUUCAUCUUGAAGGAGAAUUUCCAUACAAUCGAUAAUAGGGAAAUUUGUCCGAUGAAGACCUGGCACUCGCUUGAAGUGGAGCUGAUUGGAUGAUUUCCUCCGCGAAAGUCUUAUCAGACGAGAAAGGCUCAGCUACGAAAGUCGCAGAUAAAUCUGGCAACCCGCUGGCUGGCCCACGAAUCGUUCCGUCGGUCGAUCCGUGCUGCCAAUCGCGAGUGUGAGUGUGUGUGCGUGUGAAAAAAUGUCGUGAAUCAGCAGCAGCAGCACCUUUGGAGAAGAAGAGUUUCUGGCCAAAGUGUUAUCCAGUUCAGAUGGGUGAUUCCGAGGAAGGUUCGUGACCAUUUUCAGCAUCCGUAAUGGGACCUCCCCAAAGGAAGGUCACUGAGUGAAGAAGUACUCUGGAGAUUGCUGGAGCUGCGCCCUCUCUUCGGAAGAAAAAGAAGUGAUUCUGUGUCCAAAAAAGUGUCUGGAAAACGGUGUUGGAUAUCAUUACUGAGUUUUCCGGGGGAAAAACAAGGAGUCGUCCUCCGGAAGAGGCUAAGAGUGUUCCUAUCUGUCAAAGUGCUUCAGAAAACGUGUGUGUUAUGAGUGAGCCAAAGCUGUAAAUCAGCCGAAGAAUUGUUCCAGCGAGGACGAAGAAGCAGCAGUAAGAAGAUAUACACUUUAUAUUCGGCAGUAGCUAGGAAGUGCUGGAACCAGCGAGGCUGGCAGGCAGAAUGGCGGCGGACCUUACGAGGCCGCCCUUUAGCGAAAUCAAACGGCCGGAAGAGGUGGUCAAAAUGUCGAUGACGGACAAUCUCAAGUUCGCCGUCCUGAUCGGGCUGAUCGAGGUCGGACAGGUCUCGAACCGGGAGGUGGUCAAUACCGUGCUGCACCUGCUGGUUGGCGGCGAGUUCGACAUGGAGCUGAACUUUGUCGUCCAGGACGCCCAGAACGUGAAACACAUGCUGGAGCUGUUGGACCACUGUCCGGCCAAUCUGCAGGCCGAGGUGUGGAGCGUGUUCAUCGCUAUCUUGAAGAAGAGCGUCCGCAAUCUGCAGGCCUGCACGGAAAUUGGGCUGAUCGAGCACGUGCUGGCGCGGCUGCCGAGGGCCGAACCCAUCGUUGCCGACCUUCUCAUCGAGAUGCUCGGUGUCCUUGCGAGCUACAGCAUCACAGUAAAGGAGCUGAAGCUGCUGUUUGGAGCGAUGAAGGCCAUCAACGGCAAGUGGCCACGGCAUUCGGCCAAACUCCUGAACGUGCUCAAGCAGAUGCCCCAUCGGAAUGGGCCCGAUGUGUUCUUCAGCUUUCCCGGCCGGAAGGGAUCGGCCGUCGUACUACCACCUCUAGCGAAAUGGCCUUACGAAAGCGGGUUCACCUUCACCACGUGGUUCCGGCUGGAUCCAAUCAACUCGGUCAAUAUCGAACGCGAGAAGCCCUACCUAUACUGCUUCAAAACGUCCAAGGGCGUCGGCUACACGGCGCACUUCGUCGGCAACUGCCUGGUGCUGACGUCGAUGAAGGUCAAGGGCAAGGGUUUCCAGCACUGCGUCAAGUACGAGUUCCAACCGCGCAAGUGGUACAUGAUCGCCAUCGUGUACAUCUACAACCGCUGGACCAAGAGUGAGAUCAAGUGCCUGGUCAACGGUCAGCUCGCGUCCAGCACCGAGAUGGCCUGGUUCGUGUCGACCAACGAUCCCUUCGACAAGUGCUACAUCGGUGCCACGCCGGAACUAGACGAAGAGCGGGUAUUCUGCGGCCAAAUGGCCGCAAUCUACCUGUUUAGCGAGGCCCUGACGACGCAGCAGAUCUGCGCCAUGCAUCGGUUAGGUCCCGGCUACAAGUCCCAGUUCCGGUUCGACAACGAGUGCUACCUGAACCUGCCGGACAACCACAAGCGGGUGAGUUUCGAGGCAGCCGCGAUCGGAGGUGGUGGCAGCGGCGGACUCGGCGGCCCUUCCGCCGUUGCAUCCUCCGGCGCCCUAUCGUCCCUCUCGCCGACGCCCCCGGCUCCGAUCGAAUCCAACAUCCAUCGGAACUUGGUGGCCAACGCUGCCGCCAAAUCAGCCCUGACCACGGGGACCGCCGCCGCCGCCGGCACCACUGGCAACACUGCCGCUAGUGGUGCUUCGGGCGGUUCCGGUCCGGCUACUGCUGGAACUGCCGCCGGUUCCAGCGGUGCUGCGGUCGCCACUCUGGGCGGUGGCAGCGGCAUUAUGCUAGACGCUUCCGGCGAACCGUUUGAUUUUGGCUCUGUACUGUACGACGGCAAACUGUCCAGUGCUAUCGUGUUCAUGUACAAUCCGGUGGCCACCGAUGGCCAACUGUGUCUGCAAUCAGCCCCCAAGGGCAACCUGUCCUACUUUGUACAUACGCCCCAUUCGCUCAUGCUUCAGGAUGUCAAAGCCGUAGUUACGCACUCGAUUCACUGUACGCUCAAUUCGAUCGGCGGCAUCCAGGUCCUGUUUCCGCUGUUCUCCCAACUGGAUAUGCCCUACGAGGGUACUGAUGUCAAAAAGGAUCCAACUCUGUGUGCAAAGUUGCUUGGAUUCAUCUGCGAACUGGUUGAGAGUUCGCAAACCGUUCAACAGCAUAUGAUUCAGAAUCGUGGUUUCCUGGUGAUUUCGUUCAUGUUGCAACGCUCGUCCCGGGAUCAUCUGACGUCCGAAGUGCUCGGAUCGUUCCUCAGUCUGACCAAGUAUCUGGUCACGUGCCUCUCGGCCAAUUCGGAUCUGCUGCUGAAACAGCUCUUCUGUUUCUCUUUCCUCACCUGGCAGCUGCUGGACCACGUGCUGUUCAACCCGUCGCUCUGGAUCUACACGCCGGCCACCGUCCAGGCCCGGCUCUACGCCUACCUGGCGACGGAGUUCCUCUCGGACACCCAGAUCUACAGCAACGUGCGGCGGGUCAGCACCGUCCUGCAGACGGUCCACACGCUCAAGUUCUACUACUGGGUCGUCAAUCCCCGGGCAAAAUCGGGAAUUACCCCGAAGGGCUUGGAUGGGCCGCGACCGGCCCAGAAGGAUAUCCUGGCCAUCAGGGCUUACAUACUGCUGUUCCUGAAACAGCUCAUCAUGAUCGGCAACGGUGUCAAGGACGAUGAACUGCAAAGCAUUCUGAACUACCUGAUGACGAUGCACGAGGACGAGAACCUUCACGACGUGCUGCAGAUGCUGAUAUCGCUCAUGUCCGAGCACCCCAGUUCGAUGGUCCCGGCGUUCGACGUCAAGCACGGCGUCCGAACCAUCUUCAAGCUGCUGGCCGCCGAGAGUCAACUGAUACGGCUGCAGGCGCUGAAGCUGCUCGGGUUCUUCCUGUCCCGCAGCACGCACAAACGCAAGUACGAUGUGAUGUCACCACACAACCUGUACACCCUACUGGCAGAGCGACUGCUCCUGUACGAGGAAUCUCUCUCCCUACCGACCUACAACGUUCUGUACGAGAUCAUGACCGAGCACAUCUCGCAGCAGAUCCUGUACGCCAAGCAUCCGGAACCGGAGAGCCACUACCGCCUGGAGAACCCGAUGAUCCUCAAGGUGGUCGCCACCCUGAUCCGGCAGUCCAAGCAGAGCGAACAGCUGCUCGAAGUGAAGAAGCUGUUCCUGUCCGACAUGACGCUGCUGUGCAACAACAACCGCGAGAACCGAAGGACCGUACUGCAGAUGAGCGUCUGGCAGGAGUGGCUCAUUGCCAUGGCGUACAUCCAUCCGAAGAACUCCGAAGAGCAGAAGCUGUCCGACAUGGUGUACUCGCUGUUCCGGAUGCUGCUGCAUCACGCCAUCAAGUACGAGUACGGCGGAUGGCGCGUUUGGGUGGAUACACUGGCGAUCGUCCACUCGAAGGUUUCCUAUGAGGAGUUCAAGCUGCAGUUUGCGCAGAUGUACGAACACUACGAGAAGCAUAGGACGGAUAACAUUACGGAUCCGGCGUUGAGACAGCAGAGGCCGAUUAGUACGAUAAGCGGAUGGGAGCGUGGGGCGGGAGGAGAUCGAGGCGGAGGAGGGGACGAUGGGGGAGGGCAGGUGAAAGGGGAAGUAGCGUCACUGGAAGCAACGAAGAAGUGUAUCUGUGAACCGGAGGAAGCUGAAAACGUUAAGGGGAAGGUCAGGGAAGUGAUAGAAAAUGGUGAGGAGGAGGAAGAGGAAGAUGAUGAAGAGGAGGAAGAAGAAGAAAUGGAGGAGGAGCAAGGCGAAGAAGAGAUGGAAGACGAAGAGGAAGAUUUAUCACAGAGCGAACUGAAAAAGGCUAUGGAGAUCGGAUCGCUCAAGGACAGUCAAAACGUGUCGAAGCAAGUGGUGGAAAAUAUUGUAGAGGAGAUAAUCAGCAAGUCGGAGAGUAUGCUGAAGGAAACAGAUGAGCUGCAAAGGGACAAUGUCGAACAGACAACGUCGUCUCCGGUGAUCAAGGACGAGGAAAUCGAACUAGCUGUGAACGAAGUCGUACAGGGAGUGCUGUCACUUAAGACAUCCAGUGCAACGACAACUGGAAGUGCCGGUGAAGACGCGUUGAACAACAAUGGAAGCAGCGACGCUGACGAUGUCAUGCAGAAGACUGAUAGCAUAGCAGCAAGUGCAAUAACUAGUGGUAAUAGCAACAAUUUAAACAAUAAUAAUCUAAGUAGCAAUAGUGAUGGAGAAGGCCAGGAAGAACCUAGUGAAGAACAGGUCAAAGCCUUGAUCUCCAGCAUUGUGAACGAAAUGGUGGAUAACAGUCUCAAAGCGAUCGGCAGCACAACGGACGCCAAUGAAAAUAGCCUUCCUGCGGAGCCUGAGCCAAUGGAUCGGAGUGAUAUCGAAGCGCAGGUCAAGGAAGUCGUCGAUUCCAUCAUCACCGAAGCGGUUCUGAAAGCUGAACAGAUUUCCACUCCGGAGCCUGAUCAGGAUGAUCAGGAUCUGGAACAGAUGAGUACGGAGUCUAGUCCGGAGAAGCUCGGCACGGUAUCAGCAGAAAUUUCUAAAAUUGAGUCUCGCUCUGAGAGCAAAGAGGAGCUGGAGGAGGAAGAUCAUCAUGAAGAUGAUGAAGAAGACGAAGACAGCGAAGUUCCGGACACUCCGGUGACCGUUGCAACCGUCAUAAUGAAGGACGCAGUUACACAGAGUCAACCAGCUGCAGUGCCGUCGGUUGCGACGAAGAAUUCACCCGUUUACUACGACACUCCGGCAGCACCGGGCAGCUCUACGGGCUCCAGCAAACAGCAACGCUCGAAGUCCACCUCAGCCCGUCCAAUGUUCUCACCGGGACCCACUCGGCCUCCGUUCCGGAUUCCCGAGUUCAAGUGGUCCUACAUCCAUCAGCGGCUACUUUCGGAUGUCCUGUUCUCCCUGGAGACCGACAUCCAGGUGUGGCGUUCGCACUCCACCAAAAGUGUCCUCGACUUCGUCAACUCUGCCGAAAAUGCAAUCUUCGUAGUUAACACCGUUCAUCUGAUCUCGCAGCUUGCGGACAAUCUGAUCAUUGCGUGCGGUGGACUGCUGCCACUUCUCGCUAGUGCCACCUCUCCAAAUUCCGAACUGGACGUUCUAGAGCCGACCCAAGGCAUGCCACUGGACGUGGCCGUAUCGUUCCUGCAGCGUCUGGUCAACAUGGCGGACGUGUUGAUCUUCGCCAGCAGUCUCAACUUCGGCGAGCUGGAAGCCGAGAAGAACAUGUCCAGCGGUGGGAUCCUCCGGCAGUGCCUCCGACUGGUGUGCACCUGCGCCGUUCGGAACUGCCUCGAGUGCAAGGAACGAACCCGGGGUCUCUACAACGGCAUGUCCCUGAAGGACAUUCCCGGAGGGGCGCACCUGCAAGCGUUGAUCCGCGGCGCACAGACCACCUCCAAGACAAUCAUCGAAUCGCUGUCCGGACCGAUGAGCCCGGUCAAGGACCCGGAGAAGCUGCUGCAGGACAUGGACAUCAACCGGUUGCGGGCGGUUAUCUACCGGGACGUGAAACGUCUGUUCCAGGAGGAGACCAAGCAGGCCCAGUUCCUCUCGCUGGCCAUCGUCUACUUCAUUUCGGUGUUGAUGGUGUCCAAGUACCGAGACAUCCUGGAACCGCCGCCGGAGCUGCAGAUCCACCGCAACUCGUCGCCGGUGAUGCAACGCCAAACGCCCACCCAAGACUCGAGCAAUCGUCCACUGUUCCCGCAAUGGUCGCACCACGUCUAUCCACAGUUCCUACCGGGUUCGCAUCCCAGCCACCAAUCGACGGCAAUGGCCACCGGAGGGCCGGCUUCUUCAUCGGUGGCCACCGCUGCUGCUGCCUCAGGUCAAGCCUCGCAACUGAUGAGCUCCUCCUCUUUGGCAGUGCACAGCGGAGGAUCAUCGGUCCCGAAUGCGGCCAACCUGCAGAUGAUGCACCACGGAAGUAACAACACCAUCACUUCUUCGUCCUCUCAGACGACCUCUUCGUCGUCGUCUUCGUCGAUCGGUCUGAUGAAUGGGACCAGCAAUAAUAACAAUAGUGGACCCGCUAUGAAUGGGCCCAUAGGUUCUAUGGUCGCGUACAAUGGUAACGGUAACAGCAAUGGUUAUCCCAACGAUAUCGUCGGUUGUUACAACCCAGUGACAGGGCAUCAUCACCAUCAGCAGCAAGUGCAACAUAACCUCACCAAUAACAAUUCGCUGACGACGCUCAACUCGGGCUCGUACGGUCAGUCGCAUCUCCGCGGUCGGACCGGGGGGCUCAACAACGGGCUCGUCGGUCACAAUGCCCUCGGGUCGGCCGGAGGCAAACUGGGGAAAGGACUUAAUAACGGUGAUAACCAUAUCUAUCAUUGUAACGGAAACCGCUCGCUCCAAGAUGGCGACUACGAGGUGAUUGUGGUGGACGAGAACAACUCCUCCGUGAUAGCGGACAACGAUUCGCACUCGAGCGGCCCACUGUCGAUCAAGGCUGCCACAUCUCGCCGGGCAUCAUCGGUUUAUGGGUCUCCGACGUCGCCCAAGAGCGACCUCCUCCACGGUAACGACAAUGGUAACAGCAACAACACUCCCACUAACACCAGGUAUCCGGCCACUACUACUACCAUCACUACCACUAGCAUAAGUAAAAUUGCCGAUCAGCCUCUUUCGCCGGCAAAAACUCCUUCGAAACAACCCAAGAGCGUCGAUUCAGAUGCCGCAUCGCUCAAUCUCAACUCCACGGAAAACGAUGCCCCGGAGGUGGAAACCUCCAGCGAGAUCAUGGCCGACGACAACAAGCCGACCAACUCCAACGACGAAAGCUGGACCGACGUCAACCUGAACGACGAAGGUCCCACGGAGAACACGAUCGUGCCUCCUGGAGGCAAAUCGAUGAUGCGUGGCGCCGACAUCUCCGGGCAAACCAACCCAGCUGGACAGCUGUCCGGAAUGGGACCGGGUGAUCACUCGAACAAACUUGAAUCGGACAUUUCGGUGGUUCGUGUCCCGGAUAACUACCAAUCGUCAGCAGCGGCCGCACGAGGACGCCCGGAAGAUCUGAACUUGAAGGCUCCGUUUGUUGGGCAGAUCCCCAUGGCGAUUCCCUCGAGGGAAGCUAGUUUGACUCAAAAAUUGGAGAUCGCGUUGGGUCCGGUUUGUCCCUUACUACGCGAAAUAAUGGUAGAUUUUGCUCCAUUCUUGUCCAAGACCCUGGUCGGAUCGCACGGUCAGGAACUACUCAUGGAAGGCAAGGGAUUGACCACCUUCAAAAAUAGUCACUCGGUCGUUGAGCUUGUGAUGUUGCUGUGCUCGCAAGAGUGGCAAAACAGCUUGCAGAAGCAUGCCGGAUUGGCGUUCAUCGAGUUGAUCAACGAAGGUCGACUGCUGUCGCACGCGAUGAAGGACCACAUCGUCCGAGUCGCCAACGAAGCUGAAUUCAUCCUCAACCGAAUGCGUGCCGACGAUGUGCUGAAGCAUGCGGACUUCGAAUCCCAGUGCGCUCAGACGCUGCUGGAGCGUCGCGAAGAAGAACGAAUGUGCGAUCACUUGAUCACGGCUGCCCGAAGGCGGGACAACGUGAUCGCCAGCCGACUGCUGGAGAAGGUUAGGAACAUUAUGGGUAAUCGCCACGGAGCGUGGGGUGAUAGCAGUGGAGCCUACCAGAAGCAGAUCUUCUGGAAGCUGGAUGCCUGGGAAGAUGACGCCCGGCGAAGGAAACGAAUGGUUCAGAAUCCCCGAGGAUCGAGUCAUCCUCAAGCUACCCUGAAAGCAUCCCUGGAGAACGGCGCAGGCGAAGAGGGCAGAGAACCCUCACGGGAGGAAAUCUACUCGCAGAUUGCGGUACCGCGAUCGCAACAACCCGAUCUUUUGGACGAUUCGGAGUUGUUGAUCGAAGAUCGUGAACUGGACCUGGACCUAACCGGUCCGGUUAACAUAAGCACCAAGGCGAAGCUCAUUGCGCCUGGUUUGGUAGCACCCGGAACGAUGUCAAUUACCUCGACGGAGAUGUACUUCGAAGUGGACGAGGAAAACCCCGAGUUCCAAGGCAUCGACCAGGAAGUCCUGAAAUACUGUGAUCAUCUGCACGGCAAAUGGUACUUCUCGGAGAUUCGCGCCAUCUUCUCCCGUCGAUACCUGCUACAAAACGUGGCUCUGGAGAUAUUCCUUGCCAGCAGGACUUCGAUUCUGUUUGCAUUCCCCGAUCAACACACGGUCAAGAAGGUGAUCAAGGCUUUGCCGCGGGUUGGCGUCGGCAUCAAGUAUGGCAUUCCGCAGACUCGUCGCGCAUCGAUGAUGUCUCCACGCCAGUUGAUGCGUAAUUCCAAUAUGACCCAGAAAUGGCAACGCCGAGAAAUAUCCAACUUUGAGUAUCUGAUGUUCCUGAAUACGAUCGCCGGUCGGACCUAUAACGACCUCAACCAGUACCCGGUGUUCCCUUGGGUGCUGACCAACUACGAAUCCCGGGAACUGGACCUCAGCCAACCAUCCAACUAUCGUGAUCUGUCGAAACCAAUCGGAGCCCUCAAUCCUUCUCGACGAGAGUACUUCGAGGAGCGAUAUGAAAGCUGGGACACCCCUGGAAUCCCUCCGUUCCACUAUGGCACCCACUACUCCACAUCGGCGUUUGUGCUAAAUUGGUUGAUUCGGAUGGAACCCUUCACAACGAUGUUUCUGGCGUUACAGGAUGGAAAAUUCGAUCACCCCGAUCGUUUGUUCUCCUCAAUCGCCCUGUCGUGGAAAAACUGUCAACGCGACACCUCGGACGUCAAAGAACUCAUUCCCGAAUGGUACUUCCUGCCGGAGAUGUUCUACAAUUCGUCUGACUACCGACUUGGACAAAGGGAAGACGGCAACCUGGUCAACGAUGUCGAACUGCCGCCUUGGGCGAAGACUCCCGAAGAAUUUGUCCGUAUCAACCGGAUGGCUUUGGAGUCCGAAUUCGUUUCCUGUCAAUUACACCAGUGGAUCGACCUGAUCUUCGGCUACAAGCAACGCGGACCGGAAGCGAUGCGUGCCACCAACGUAUUCUACUAUCUAACCUACGAAGGCAGCGUCGACCUGGACACGAUAACCGAUCCCGUAACGCGCGAAGCUAUCGAAAACCAGAUCAAGAACUUCGGUCAAACGCCGAGCCUGUUGCUGAUGGAGCCGCAUCCUCCGAGGAGCUCGGCCAUGCAUCUAUCGCCGAUGAUGUUCAACACAAUGCCCGACGACGUCUGCAUGUCCCUGAAGUUCCACCUGAACUCGCCGAUCAUCCACAUCUCGGCCAACACGUACCCGCAACUGCCACUGCCUUCGGUUGUGACUGUCACGGCUGGCCAUCAAUUCGCGGUCAACCGCUGGAACUGCCAGUACACCGCCAGCAUCCAGAGCCCCAGCUAUGCCGAAUCGUCCCAAAAUGUCAACACCAAUCUGCCUCUGACGAUGGAUCCCCUGCUAUCACAAAUCAACGGCCACAACAACAGCCAACAGCAGAACCGGCGCCAUCUGGGGGACAACUUCAGCCAAAAGCUGCGCAUCAAGUCGAACUGCUACGUCACCACGGUGGACAGUCGGUUCCUGAUUGCGUGCGGCUUCUGGGACAACAGUUUCCGCGUGUUCUCGACGGAAACGGCCAAGAUCGUCCAGAUCAUCUUCGGUCACUUCGACGUGGUGACGUGUCUGUCGCGAUCGGAGUGCAACAUCACCUCCGAUUGCUACAUUGCGUCCGGAUCGGCCGAUUGCACCAUCCUGCUGUGGCACUGGAACGCCCGAACGCAGAGCAUCGUCGGCGAAGGAGAGAUACCAACGCCUCGGGCAACGUUGACCGGACACGAAACGUCCGUAACAUCGGUUGUGAUUAGCGCAGAGCUGGGUCUGGUGGUUUCCGGAUCAAUAAACGGACCGGUACUGGUCCACACGACGUUCGGCGAUCUGCUGCGUUCGCUGGAAGCUCCGACGGAUUUCAUCUCGCCGGAGAACAUCACCCUCUCGCGGGAAGGUUUCAUCGUCGUCAACUACGACGAAGGAAACGUGGCCGCGUACACGAUCAAUGGCAAGCUGCUGCGGCACGAAUCCCACAACGACAAUCUACAGUGUAUGCUCCUAUCGCGGGACGGAGAAUAUCUGAUGACUGCUGGAAACAAAGGAAUCGUCGAGGUUUGGCGCACCUUCAAUCUGGCCCCACUGUAUGCUUUCCCGGCAUGUAAUAGUGGAAUCCGAUCGCUGGCGUUGACGCACGAUCAAAAGUACCUCCUAGCGGGUCUGGCCACCGGUUCCAUCAUCGUGUUCCACAUCGACUUCAACCGUUGGCACCACGAGUACCAGCAGCGCUAUUGAAACUCGUCUCUUCGGUACGUCUCGAUCACGAGCCAGGGCGAAGCCGAACUUCAAUACCAACGUCAUCGGCAGACGAAUCGCAACCAAACUGGCAACAGUGACGGCAGUGAUCGGGACUCACUGGUUGUCGUUUUCUGAGCAGAUGAAGAGAAUUAUAGAAAGAGGCCAAAAUCUUUUUUUUAUUCUUGUUCAAGUAAGAAGUUGUUACUUAUUUAGUAGGUAUGACGAAGAGAAACCGCUACGCUGAAUGCUGAAGCGUACGGGUUGCAUAGAUUUAGGGGAGGAAAAGCUUUUAACGGUUCAACUAGCGGGCUUGAAAUUAUGGGAAAUGCUAAGCAAAAAUUCUUAAGAAAAAAUGUUGAUACACUUCUAGAUUGUAAGCAGAGUUCUACUAUACCGAUAGAGAUUGAUGAGUAUGGUGAAAAAGAGAACCGAAAGUUGGAGAACAAUGCCAAAUUUGAUGUAUUCAAAAUCACAUUAACACAGGAUAACACACACCCACACUCUUUUAAUCACAUAGUAAUCGGAAGAACGGUUCAAGCGAAACAAGGAAGCAGCUUUCAUCAAUACGAAACCAAAAGACACACGUGCGCGCAAGAUGGCGCGCACAUCGUAUGCCAAAUGUAAAUUAGAAUCCAACUGAAAAAGAAGACAAUUUUAAAACAAUUUGUGAAACACUGCGGAAGAAACCGACUCCGACGAGAGAUAGAGGAGACGAUGCAAAAAAAGGGGAAGAUCGCGUCGAAAGCAGAUUUUAAGCUUAAUAAGGUGUGAAUUAAAAUGGUUCUUCUGAGGUUAUCCGUCCGCAAAUAUUUACAUAGACCUUGACCGUAAAUCUAGCAGCACUGAACCGCAACCGCAGCACUUUUAAAAUGCCACUCCUGAAGCGCUAGUUUUUGCACGAUCUAACAGUGACAGUGUGACAGAGACAGAGCGAUGCUGCGAUCAACGCAGCGAAUACUUAGUAUACAUAGCAGAACGGAGGAAGAGUUUAAGAAAACAUAACUAACAUAUAAAAUAUUCACGUGCCAAGCAUUUUUUGAAAAAUUCCUGCCCAGAUUUAACAUUUAACGUGAGAGUAACAACGUAACGAAACUGUAAUUAAAACAACACACAAUUAUAGCUGAAACAGCAAUGUGCAACAAGCUAGCGAGCUUUCGCUUACCGGUUGAUUUAACUGGCGAAAAUCGCCGCGCAACACUGCAAACAUAACGGACGGAACAACUGGCAACACUGAAAAUCCAUUGUGUGGAAGCAAACUUCAGAUAGAGACAGACAGAGUGCGUAAAUUUCCGUCCAAAUCUAGCUUGCUUUUUGUUAUAGAAAUAACACACAGGCACACGCGCACCAUCACUCACACAUCCUUAAAUGUAUGUUCGCAAAAAUUAACACUAAAGUGAAGUAAAUUUUCGUCAAUCACACGUCGAUAACGAACACCACACAAUUGUUUGUAACUCAAUUACUUUACCAUGAGAACGUUAACGAGAAGAAGCCGCAAAGUAGGCGGUGCAUUCCAACCGUUCGACAAACGCUUUUAUGCAAAUCGGAUGAAUUUUUCCAUCACUGGUUUCCACGCCUACUUCUCCGGAAUGCCCAAGUACUUAACGAAAGAAUUAUACCUUGAAAGACUAGUCGCAACCCACACUCGUAUUUACGACAAACAGAUUUCGUCCAAAAUUUUCCCCUACUUUUCUUAUUCUUAUGCGUAAAACAUUCCUGUUAUUUGUGUCGAAAAAAUUGCUCAUUCCGACCCCUCCUAGCGAUACAAUUAUGAGUGAAAAAAAAAACUGACUUAGACUGAAUUGAUGAAGACAACGCCCGGAAUACUUUUGGAGCAACUAUUCCGUUGUUGAUAGUGAGAUGGAAAAGAGGCGAAAUUUAACCGUUUCUUUUCGAAAACCCAGUACUUAAUUAUUCGUAUUUUUUUUUUUCGUCACAACUGUGUACUUAAGCCGCACGAUUUUAGUCCCUAAGUUGGUGUUGGUGUAGCUUUUAUCCCUUAUUAGAUUAGACGAGCCGAAAAACAGAAUGGCUGACACGUUUUUGAUGUGGCAAUUUAGCUAGACUAUUUAAUGAGAUAUAAAACACUUUAAGAAAAAUCGCUUGAUUAUGUUUGAAGGAUUGGUUAGUACAUUUGCUAUUUCAUCGCACCGCCACAAUUGAACGCAAUGCCAGUUGUAGAACCUAAGCAUAACAUUUAGCUGCGAGCACCGGCAAGUAGUAGUUUACGAUAUACUUUAAAAGACAGAAACUAGUUAAAACUUAGAAUCCUACUAGAUAAAAAAGUACGAGAUAGCCACUUUAACCCCAUUCCCUUUCAAGUUGUUUAAACUGCGCAUUAUUUUAUCGACUAUCAUAAAAAAAAGUGUUUUAAACAGAACAAAACCAUCUAGUUGGGCGUUUUAGAUAACUUAAACUAAAAAGAAAACGCUUCAUAAAACAAACGCUUCAAAGUACGGUUAGCCCAAGUGCGCGAUGUUUUCAAUAAAAAUUACAGUUUUAUAAGGACAAAACUACGCAGAAUACACCCUCCCCGCCAAGCAAAUUACGUAGUGUAAACCGCACACACAAAUCUUUAACCUUAGUUUUAAAACUAACGACAACAAAACCAACAACAACAGCCAGUCUUAGUCUUGUGUAAUAUUCUAAUGCAAAAGUAAAAGUGAAGAAAAUGUGAAAAAAUCAACGCUACAGUUAGUACAGCAAAGACACACCGAGAAUUUACAUAAUUAAAACACGAGAAUCCGCAUUCACACGUACAGGUGCGCUAACAGCAGUUCUAAAAAAAAACAAGAAGAGAAUAACACACAUACACCUUUAAAUUUAAUGGAAAUGAAAACUAGCAAAGUAAUAAGAAUAUAUUUUGUGACACAUUAUUGAUAAACGCAAAGAAAAAAAAAAACAAAACACAAACACACAAACAUAAGUCUAUUCGAUGAAAAAAGAAGCUAGAUAAAGAAGAAAGCAUACAUAGAAUACAUGUGCUUAUUCUGCGCGGCGUGUGAGGUGACACGAGUCGAAUGAGGUGACAAUUGUCGACUCGCUCCCAUUUGAUUAACAUUAGUCGUCUCACGUCACUCGCGGUGAGAGCGAGUCGUCUCGACUCACACGCCGCGCAGAAUAAACACAACAGUCAACCACACUGACACACAUAACUGAUACAGUCACACAUACAUUAGUACAGAAGCGAUAAGAAAUUUAAAGAAUAAAACAACAGAUAAGAUUGCAUUUGAACAAGUAAGUAUUGAGCAAGUACUUAAGAGAAAGUAAUAUUAUCCAUAGCAAACUAGAGAGCGGGAAAGAGAGAAGUCAGCAGAAACCCCUUAAAGAGAUAGAGAAAAACAGCAAAAAAUAAAAUCUAAGUUUGGCGAAGCUGCUAAUGCAGAACGGAGCAAAACUGGUGAGUCAGAGAUGAGGGGAGAAAAAUCAAAGAAGCAUUGUUACUAAGCCCAAUUUAUUGUACAAUAAAUUAAUUAAAAUUAA